CUUCGAACCGGUUCUUUAUUUCACGGGAUAGAAGAGCGCAUGCUGAGAAAAGUACAUGCCCGUGCACUGGCUGCAAUGUCCAACCUCACAUUGGUGCUUUAUCAAAUACAGCAGAUUACAAAUGGCGUUGUAAUGUUAAACGCACCUCCUCUGUAAUCACUUCUCUCUGCUCCUCUGCUGGUAAGGCGCAACUCUUAAAAGAACAAAAUAUUCUCUAAUAAGCAUAUACACAAUAAAGCAUUGACGUUAAUGUUUUACUAUGGAAUAAAAUAGCUGUUAAUUAUUAGGUGGCGAACUGCAGUUGAGGAGAAACUUCAGCGCGCUUCCGUUCGUUGCACCGCUCUGCGCGCGCUGAAGGGUGAAGAUGCAUCCGCGCGCUGCUAAUGGCACCGGUUCUUCUCACGACUGCGAGAUGUCAUAAUUGAACUGGACGAAUUUAAAUAAAACAGGGCGUAAGGAAGGCAGUCCGGUCAGUGGUCUCUCCCCCUUCGAGGUGUGGUCUCUUUCCAGAAGCGUUCAAAACUAGGCGGCGCGCGAGAAGGUACUCAGCAGAGAUUCGCGUGAGACUGGCCUGGUCUACCAGGCACGAGCGGUUCAGCCCACCGCGCUCUCCAAGCAAGAGCAACAUCCACCUGCCUUCUGUGUGUCAAGUGAAGUCAGCGUAAGAUCAGUGCUGAGAAUGGGUGCUGUAAAGGGUGAAGGUGCUUUAGAUGGUGGAUGGGGAUGGAUGAUUGUGGUGGCCUCUUUCAUGGCCCAGUUCCUGUCCUUUGGAUCCCCCCAGUCCGUCGGGGUGUUGUACCCCAAGUGGCUCAGUGCCUUCCAGGAGGGAAAAGGCAAGACGGCUUGGGUCGGAUCCAUGGUGUCUGGUGUGGCACUCAUCACCAGUCCGGUGUGCAGUGCUUGUGUGGAUAAUUUUGGUGCACGGCCAGUAACUGUCUUCAGCGGUGUGAUGGUGGCUGGAGGUCUGAUGCUGAGUGCUUUUGCUCCAAGCGUCUCUUUCCUCAUCUUCUCCUAUGGCAUUGUUGUUGGCAUUGGCUGCGGACUUGUCUAUGCUGCCACACUGACCAUAACCUGCCAGUACUUUGACAAGAGGCGUGGCCUAGCACUGGGCAUUGUCACCACAGGUACAAGUGUGGGCGGGUUCACUUAUGCCACACUCCAGAAUGAGCUCAUUGAGUUGUUUGGAUUGGAGGGCUGCCUGCUUAUCAUUGGAGCACUGGCGCUCAACUUGAUGGUAUGUGCUGGGCCAAUGCGACCUUUGAACUUACCUGGUUACUACCUAAAACAGAGAGCUGCUCUACAGCGUACAGAGGAACCAGAAGCACUCUACACCAAACCUACUGCCAUUAUCAUUGACUCUGAUCUCAAAACCACACCUAGCUCGGUCGAUAACACAGCCACCAUUAAGCUUUUGCUCCUCAAGGAACCCACCGAGCUGCAAGACAGUGAAGGGGAAAGAAAAGGUGGGAUAUUGUCCUGUUCAAUAGUAGCACGAGCCAUCAAGAAGCGAAUGCAUGCCUAUGGACGGUACCUGUGCGAGACUGUAGAGCUCCUACAGGACCGUGUCUUCAUAGCGUUCUGCAUCGCCAUAUUCCUGCUCAGCUUAGGGGCGUUUUCACCUGUGCUCUUCAUGGAGGACGUAGCCCAGAGCGAGGGGCUUAUCGACGGGAUUGCACUAAUACCCCUUGUCUCCAUCGUUUCAAUGACAGCAGGCAUUGGUAAACUGGUUCUGGGCAUCCUGGCAGACAUGCGAUGGGUGAACAGCUUGUACCUGUACGCCCUGACGGUGACAGGCACAGGAGCGGCUCUGCUUCUUAUUCCUGUGUCUAAAAGCUACAUGGGUCUGCAAGUUCUGUCGGCCAUGGUUGGAUUUUUCUCAGGGAACUGGUCUCUCACAUCCUAUAUCAUUACCAAGAUCGUGGGCCUUGAACGACUCAGUCAGGCUCAUGGCAUUCUCAUGUGCUUCGGAGGGUUUGGAAUCACCCUCGGGCCACCUGUUGUAGGUUGGUUCUUUGACUGGACUCAGUCAUAUGACUUGGCAUUCUACUUCAGUGGCACUUGUGUUUUAAUGUCUGGUUUGCUUCUGUUCUUGGCCACUCUGCCUUGCUGGAACAGGACAUCAGAGGAGGGAAAUUCUCCUGCAAAAGAGGUCGUCAACACUUCUCAACAGCCCACUCUUGACUGUGACAAAGUAGCCUCAGUGGCUUGAACAAUAUCUUAAAGGUCUUUAACUGACCUUGGCCUUAACAAUCUGGUGAACAUGUAGAAGAUUG